AUGUUCUCCAAAGUGAUGAUCGUCGCUAUGUUGGCCGUUGUUGCCAGUGUCAGUGCCAAGCCGGGUGCGUUCCUUCCGGGUGCUCCACUCGCCUACACUGCUGCUGCCCCGCUCGCCUACUCUGCCCCUCUGGCCGUAGCACCGGCAGCGGUUCCAGCUGUCGCGUACACUGCCGGAUACGCUAAUGUGGGAGAUUCGGCCGUAGUCACGUCCCACAACUCGCAGGUCAUCAAUCCGGCCUAUGCCGCCUACUCUGCUGCUCCGCUCGUGUCCGCUUAUGCUGCUGCACCUGCCCUGGCUGCUCCAUUCGCCUACAGUGCACCACUUGCCGCUAAGUACGUUCUGUAA